AUGCCAUGCAUGCCAAUAUCUCUCGAAGCCGAAAUCCAUUCCAGGAUUACUGCCAUUAAAACAUCCUCAGAAAAAGAAAACCUUUUCCUUUCCUCUUCCUCUUCCCGUACAGCCAAAAAAAAGAUUUCCCUCCGGAAAACUAAAGUCAGCGAGAUAACAAAAGAAAUGAUAUCCAACUCUUUGCGUGAUUCGAACGAUGAUACAGACGUAAUAACAGAAGAAAAUCACAAAGCUACCAUAAAUAUCGAUUCUGAGGAAGAUGUUGAUACAUUACCAAUAGUGAUAACGACGAAAAA